CGUGGAAAGUCAUAUAAAAUAGUGCAGAUCUUAUUGGUACCACAUAUUUAAUAUUUAUGGAAAUUUCUCGAUCGACAGCAUGGCGGAGAAUUGGUUGAAUGAUGUAGAAAGAUGGAAGUGGAACUGGACAGAAUUAUGUGGACAUCAUGGAGAUAUUAAUCCUUUGAAUCCAGAAACACAUGACUUAAGUAUAUGUUUCCAGCAGCUUUGUUUACAGAUACCAGUAUUAGCUCUCAUAGCUAUAAUUUCUGCUUACUAUUGCGGAAAAAGAGAUACAUCUUCAUCUCGACAGCAGUACAUUUAUUAUGCUAUAAACAUAAGGAUUUUAAUUACAAUAUGUCUUGUGAUACUGCCUAUCAUAAGAGCAUAUAUUAUUUUGACUAAUACCACUAUACCGUCAAUACAUAAUAAGAUACAAGAUAGUACACCAGAUCCAAAACUGGAUAUUUUCCUUGACAAGAAUACAAAUUCAUCAUUAGAAAAUGAAACAGAUAUCAUAAGCAGGAUACGCGAUGGAUUAAAUCACACUCUUAGAUUUGCUGAAUCAAUUUUCUUAGGAAAUAGUGUUAAGGAUACUACUACAACUCCAUUAUACUUCAAUAAUUAUGAAUCGAAUAUUACAGAUAAAUUCACUUCUGCUAAACCAGUGGAUUAUCUUGUCGCAGGAACUGAAGGUUUAGCUUGGGUUGUGCAUCUUUGUUUUAUUUUGAGUUUAAAACGUGGACGUAAUCCUAAUCCACGAGGACCAGUAUUAAUACGAGCAUUAAUAUUUCUUUUAAUCGUUAUUUCUGUGUUAUUAUUACGCAGCCAUGUCAAUAACAAGCCUACAGAUGAUGUUUUGCCAAAUCUGUCAUUGGGAUUCAGUAUCACUAUAGUCACUCUUUUAAUAUUGUACACGAUAACACUGAUACCUGGUUCUAAUAGAUCAGAACAAACGAGAGGGUCAUCUCGAAAUGCUAUGAUAGGAGAACGUACUCCACUGUUAAGUAGUCCCACUUUUUCAUACGUACAAUUUCCGGAAGAACAAGAUCCAAGCUAUCUUGGAAUGGCUAUGGAAGAUACAACAAUCAUUUCUAAACUUCUGUUUCAUUGGGUAACACCAUUAAUGGAAAAAGGUGUUAAAGGAUUGCUAAACCAUUCUGAUGAUUUAUUUGAUUUACCCGAUCAGAUUAGUACCAAUACAAUCAGUUAUAAACUUGAUCAACAUUUACAUAAUAUGCCGAAAACUGUAAGCAAUGAAAUCGAAAAUAAUUUGGAAACUCCGCUUCAUACAGAUGUAAAAGUAGUUACAAAGAAAGUGACGUUGUUUUACUUACUGCAUCGAUGUUUUGGCUGGGAAUUUUAUGCGGUUGGCAUACUUAAAUUUAUUGCAGAUUGCAGCUUAUUCAUGGGACCAAUAUUUUUAAAUAAAUUGAUAGGUUUUAUCGAAGAUAAAAAUGAAUCACUUUCAUAUGGAUAUCUAUAUGCAACUCUUAUAAUACUCAGCAGUAUAAUUGGUGCUUUUUGUAAUACUCACUUUACAUUUUGGAUGUCUCUUGUGGGUUUGAAAAUUCGUUCUGCGAUUAUUACUUUAGUCUAUCGAAAAACAUUGCAUUCUUCUAAUAUCGAUUUAAAUCACAAUUUUAAUUUCGGUGAAAUUGUUAACUUUAUGAGUACUGAUAGCGAUAGAUUGGUCAAUAGCUGUCCUAGUUUUCAUACAUUUUGGAGUAUACCAUUUCAGUUAUUCGUGACGUUAUAUCUUCUGCAUAAGCAAAUUGGAGCUUCAUUUUUAGCUGGUGUUGCAUUUUCAAUAGUACUUAUACCAAUUAAUAAAGUAAUAGCAAAUAAAAUUGGUAAGCUCAGUACUAAAUUAAUGGAAUAUAAAGAUCAAAGAGUAAGAUUAAUGGGAGAGAUAUUACGAGGAAUAACUACAAUUAAAGUUAAUGUAUGGGAGGAGCACUUCAUGCGAAAUAUCUUCAAGAUAAGAGAAAGUGAAGUGAAAUAUUUACGAGGUAGAAAAUACUUGGAUGCACUUUGUGUUUAUUUUUGGGCGACUACACCUAUCAUUAUCGCAAUAUUAACAUUUGCAACAUAUGUAUUGUCCGGAAAUGAGUUAGACGCUAAAACGGUGUUUACGGUUAUGGCAUUAUUGAACAUGUUAAUAGGACCUUUAAAUGCAUUUCCAUGGGUUUUAAAUGGCCUUACAGAAGCAUGGGUUUCCCUGAAAAGAAUUCAAAGAAUGUUGGAUCUUCCAGAUAUGGACGCGUCAUUGUAUUACACAGAUAUUACUCCCGAUGUUGAUUUAUUGUUACAAAAUGUAACAUUGACUGUGAAUCGUCCAAGAAACAAUGAUAUUGAUACAAAUGCAAGUUCGAACAUUGUGAGCACUCCAACCUCAAGCACCGACAUUAAAAAAAGUGUUACUUUCGAAGAUGAUGAUGUUUUUGCCUUAUAUAAUAUUAAUUUAUCUGUACAAAAGGGACAAUUGAUUGGUAUCAUGGGUAAGAUUGGAAGCGGAAAAACUUUACUCUUAGAUGGUAUCUUGGCAGAAAUUACAAAAACCAGUGGAAUAAUAGCGGUUAAUGAUGAUCACAAAGGUUUUGGAUACGUGAAACAGAAUCCUUGGCUACAACGUGGUACAAUACGAGAUAAUAUUCUAUUCGGAAAACCAUAUGAUCCUAAUAAAUAUAAGAAUAUUUUAAAGGCUUGUGCCCUUACGACUGAUUUGAAUUCACUGCCAAACAAAGAUUUAACAGCUGUUGGUGAAGCUGGAAAUACUUUAAGCGGCGGCCAGAAGACGAGAAUUUCCUUAGCUCGCGCUAUAUACGCAGAUAAAGACAUUUAUUUGUUAGACGAUAUAUUAGCGACAUUGGACGUCAAAGUUGCUAAACAUGUUUUUCAACAUGUAAUUCUAGGUUUGUUACGAAACAAAACCAGAAUAUUAUGUACGCAUCAAACUCAGUAUUUGGUUCAUGCAGAUUUAGUUAUUGAAAUGUCAAAAGGAAAAAUUAUUAAUCAAGGAAAACCAAGCGAUGUAUUGCCCGAUCUGGAAGAUUAUCUUUUGUCAUCAGAAUCUAUCGAAUCCGAUUUUGAUAUCACUUCUAUAACAAUGCUACCCGAUGAAUUUAGUCGUUCGGAAAAAAAUGAAGUAGAUCCUUUACUCGACAAGGAAGCGACUGAGAAAGGGACGGUACAUUUCUCAGUGUAUACAUGUUACAUUAAGGCUGUAGGACGAUACUUGGCAAUAUCAAUAUUUCUUUCUAUGAUUCUGAUGCAAAGUUCGAAAAACAUUACAGAUUUAUGGUUGUCAUAUUGGGUAACACAUAAUAACGCUACAGUGAUUAAUUCAACUGACACAUCCAGUCUUGGAAAAUUGCAGCUGUAUUACGAUAAUUACAGUUUGCAUGAUACAAAAUAUUAUUUAACAGUUUAUAGUCUGUUAGCUGUAUUUAAUUCCAUCUUUACUUUAAUCAGAGCUUUUAUCUUUGCAUAUGGUGGGAUACAAGCAGCCAUAACGAUGCACAAGCAACUUUUAAAGAUAGUUAUGCGGGCAAAAACAAUAUUUUUCGAUAUUCAAGCAAUUGGAAGGAUCAUAAAUAGAUUUUCAUCAGAUACAUAUACAAUCGAUGACUCUCUGCCUUUUAUUGCUAAUAUCUUAUUGGCACAUCUAUUCGGAUUGGUUGCUACAAUUAUAAUUACAGCUUAUGGACUACCCUGGAUCUUUCUGGUUUUAGCACCUCUUGUACCUGUUUAUCAUUGGAUACAAAAUCAUUAUAGAUUAACAUCGAGAGAAGUAAAACGGUUAUCUAGUAUCACGUUGUCUCCUUUAUACGCCCAUUUCAAUGAAACUUUGAGUGGCCUAACGAGUAUCAGAGCGUUUCGCACUGUACCUCGCUUUAAACAGGAAAAUGAAUUAUUAUUAGAAGCUAGUCAAAAAACGCAAUUUGCUUCUAUAGCCGCCAGUCAAUGGCUUGCAUUGAGAUUACAAUUUAUCGGUGUUGCUCUUCUAGCCGGAGUUAGCAUCAUGGCAGUUUUGCAACAUCAAUAUAACAUAGCUGAUCCUGGUUUGAUCGGUUUAGCGAUCACGUAUGCGUUGUCUGUAACUGGAUUGUUAUUCGGGGUAGUAAACUCCUUUACCGAAACUGAGAGAGAGAUGAUUGCCGUGGAACGAGUCAAACAGUAUUUAGAUAAUAUUCCAACUGAAAAUAUAACAGGCGCUAAUCCGCCUUAUGCAUGGCCAAGUCAGGGUGUUGUAGAAUUUAGAGAAGUUGUUUUGAAGUACAGAGAUCAUUUGGUGCCAUCUUUAAAAGAAGUAACGUUCAUCACACGACCAGCAGAGAAAAUAGGGAUAGUUGGUCGAACUGGUGCUGGAAAGAGUUCAUUACUCGCUUCAUUGUUUAGACUGACAGAAAUCAGUUCUGGAAGUAUAUUGAUUGACAAUGUGAACAUUCAAACAUUAUCAUUGAAAGCGUUAAGAUCUCGUUUAGCUAUCAUACCUCAGAAUCCGUUUCUCUUCUCGGGUACUAUUCGAGAAAACGUGGAUCCGUUGGACCAAUUCACUGAUAUGCAUAUAUACAAAACUCUCGAGAAAUGUAAAGUGCAUUCUUUAGUUUAUCGAUUAGGUGGUUUGGGUGCAAUCUUGGAUGAAGGUGGCAGUAAUCUCAGCGCCGGUCAGAGACAAUUGUUCUGCUUAGUCAGAGCUGUGCUACAUAAUGCUAAGAUUGUCUGCAUUGAUGAGGCCACUGCGAAUGUAGAUCAGGAGACAGAUAAAUUUAUUCAAGCGACAAUAAAGUCUUCCUUCCAAAGUGCAACGGUUAUUACCAUUGCUCAUAGAAUAAGAACGAUUAUGCACUGUGAUAGAGUUUUAGUGAUGGGAGAUGGCGAAGUGCUGGAAUUUGACGAGCCGAAUUUAUUAAUUCAAAAUGCUGAUUCCUACUUCUAUCAUUUGGCUAACCAAGAAUUUUCAGAUCAAGAUUAAACAUGAGGCAAUUUGAUUGUAUAUAAUGGGUGUAUCUAGUAUUGUGAACACACAUAUACAUAAUGGUUAUAAUGCAUUAUUAUAACGCAUUAUAUGUAUGAUAAAAUUCUAGAAAGCUAAAUUGUUUUUGUACGACAGGAUUUUUUUUUAAGAAUAAGUUAAGAGGCCUUUAUAAAGCAAACAUUUGUAUUUGUGAGAUAUUUAAUAUAUAUUAUAAUAUUAUGACUAUUUUAAAUAUUAUUUAUCAGAAAAGCUGAAAUUAAUGUGUAUGUGAAGAUAAUCAUGUAAGUUAUUGAGCUAUAUUUUAUAUAUAAAUAAACGUUUAAUAAGUAAGAAACCAAA